AUGGAUGGAAAUUUUUCUCUACCUACAACCACGAACACACAUUUUUUUAUAAAAACAACAUCGAUACAAUCCCUACAAAAUACAAAAAUGAUUAAACAAUCAGAAAGACAUUCUAAAUGUCAAUAUCAAGCAGACAAAGCAUGGCUAGAUAUUCAAUAUGAUUCGGAUAAUGAUGUAGUAAGACCUCUCGAACUUGAAAAGCAAAUGGAAGAUCCACCAAUUCGUAUCGAUAGUGAUUUACUGGAUCAUAUAUGUGGUUCAAUGAUUGGGAUGGCUUUGGGAGAUACUCUAGGUGCUCAUGUAGAAUUUCAACCUCAUAAAUAUCUUGUACAACAUCCGGUUACUAAACUCAUGGGAGGUGGUACUUGGGGCCUCAACAAAGGAGAGUUUACUGACGAUACAUCGAUGGCUAUUUGUCUUGCAAACUCAUUAAUAGCUCGUCGUAAUUAUGUUGCUUACGAUCAAUUAACUCGUUACAAAUGGUGGUAUCGAGACGGUUAUAUGUCUUCAGUAGGCUAUUGUUUUGAUAUUGGCACGGCAACGAAGGAAUCGUUGGAAAAAUUUGAAUCUCGGCAAAAGAAAUUUGCGAAAAAACAUAAUAUUCCUCUUGAUCACUUAGAUUAUCUUUCAGACCCGGAUCUUUUGAAAGAGUUUGAUGUGAAAUGCAGUAGAAAAGAUUCGGCUGGAAAUGGAGCACUCAUGCGGCUUGCUCCUUUGGCACUCUUUUUUCAUAAAGAUCCUUCUAUAGCUGUUGAACUUUCGGGACAAAGUGCACUGACUACUCAUAGCGAUCAGAAAGCCUAUGAUGCAUGCCGCUACUACGGGGCUCUGAUCGUCGGCGCUCUACAUCGUAAAAAGAAAAGCGAUUUACUCGGCAAAAAGUUUUACUCGACGCAUAAAAAAUGGUUUAAUAAUAAACCUCUUCAUUCGGAUAUUCAAUCAAUUGCCAAUGGCUCAUUUAAGAAGGAUGGAUAUCGUGAAGGUAUUCGAGGUAAAGGUUUCGUCACUAAUUCUCUUGAAGCUGCUUUAUGGGCGUUUUGGUCUGAUGAAGGAGACUUCAGAAAAGGUGCUCUCGCUGCUGUCAAUCUGGGUGACGAUACUGAUACAACAGCAGCUAUCUAUGGUCAAUUAGCUGGUGUAUACUAUGGUUAUAAAAAAUUACCCUCCGAUUGGAUUGAACGGUUGUAUGCCAAAGAAUUUAUUCUAAGUUUGAGUAAAUGGAUCGCCUAUGAAGGUUUAAAUUGGUCAUCAGAAGCACCAGCAUCGGCAAGCACAUCGGAGCAUGACAAGCAGCCACAUUUCGAAAUUUCACAAAAUUCAAGUACGCACUCUGAAGCAGAAAAAAAUCCAAAGGAUGCCUCAAGAUCAACAGAGAUAAAACCAUAUGUAAAACUAGAAUUAUCUUCAAAACUUGAAUCAUUAAAAGACCAUAAUCCAGAUUAUAUAUUACAACGAAAUACUAUCAUGGAUUCGUAUCUUGCUGUGGCAUCUGAUUCGGAUGGCUUAACUACAGCUGCUAGUUCCAAAUCAUUACAACACGAUAAACACACGUCAACACAACAAGGAUCAUUUAUUCAUGACAACUAUGAAUCUUGUGAAGAUGUUUGUAAAUGGAUGAAAUCCUUGGGAAAGGAAUAUAAAAAGUAUAUGGAAAUCUUUCGGAGGAAUCACGUUGAUGGAUAUUGGCUAUUAAAUCAUAUCGACGAUAAAACACUUAAUGAGUAUGGAAUAGAUUCGUUAACACACCGACAAACCAUCAUGACUAAUAUUGAACAGUUAAAGAAGAAGUGCCGGGCAAAUAACUCAAUCGAUUCACAAACAUAA